AUUUAUAUAAAUAUUUUCAGUUUUUGCAUGAGAAGAUAAUAAUCACUUCACAAUCUUCAGUUACAAGAAAAAUGGUGACAUUCCCGGAAUCCGGACGAUACUAUUUUUUGGAACUUCUCACUGUGCUGAUUUAUGUGGGAUCAUUAAGUGUUGGAAUAGCAGAAAGCAGAAAUGUAAAGAUUUUCAACAAAGAUACCUAUAAUGGAGUCGAAUACUCCGCGUUAAAUUGCCGUAAGCACACCGCGUUUUUGACAGAUUUUGGAGGCGUUGGAGAUGGAAAAACAUUGAACACAAAGGCCUUUCAAACUGCCAUUGCGAAUCUUAGCCAAUACGCGAAAGAUGGUGGCGCUGAACUUAUCGUUCCACCCGGAAAAUGGUUGACGGGUAGCUUCAAUCUCACUAGCCAUUUCACUCUUUACAUCCACAAGGAUGCAACCAUUCUUGCUUCUCAGACAGAAUCAGAUUUUCCUUUAAUUGCACCAUUGCCUUCUUUCGGACAAGAAGCAACUGUUCCUGAUGGAAGAUUUGCUAGUCUCAUUUUUGGAACAAAUCUUACUGAUGUUGUAAUCACUGGUAACAAUGGCACGAUUGAUGGUCAGGGUGCUCCCUGGUGGGACAAAUUUACGAAGGGUCAGCUUAAGGCAGCUCGACCGUUCUUGAUUGAGAUUAUGUUCUCUACAGACCUUCAAAUAUCAAAUAUUACUUUACUCAACUCCCCAAUGUGGCAUGUUCAUCCUGUCUACUGCAGUAACGUGUUUAUCAAAGGAGUGACAAUUAACGCCCCAGUUGAAGUUCCUAAUACAGAUGGAAUUAACCCAAAUUCGUGCACAAACACUCGAAUAGAGGAUUGUUACAUUACAUCAGGAGAUGACUGCGUUGCAGUCAAAAGCGGUUGGGACCAGUAUGGAAUUAAAUUUGCAAUGCCUUUAAAAGACCUAAUUGUAAGAAGACUGACUUGCAUUUCCCCUAAAAGUGCGGCCAUAGCUCUAGGCAGUGAGUUAUCCGGCGGAAUUGAAAACGUAAGAGUUGAGGACAUGACAGCAAUCAAUACAGAAUCUGCUGUUAGAAUCAAAACUGCACCUGGAAGAGGAGGUUAUUUGAGAGACAUAUUUAUAAGAAGGCUGAAUUUGCAAACCAUGAAGUAUGUUUUCUGGAUAUCAGGUGCUUAUAAGUCGCAUCCAGAUGACGGGUUUGACCCCAAUGCAUUUACAGAGAUCAAAAACAUCAACUACCGAGACAUUGUAGCCAAGGAUGUGAACAUCACAGGAGCGCUAAGUGGAUUUCCUAACGAUCCCUUUACUGGAAUCUGCAUUUCUAAUGCAACUAUAACAUUGAGUGCCACACCAAAACCAUUGCAAUGGAACUGCACAGAUGUACAGGGUGUUUCAAGCCGUGUGACUCCUAAACCCUGCAGUUCACUGCCUGAAAAAGCAUCCGAUUGCCCUUUCCCAGUAGAUAAACUGCCGAUCGAAAGCAUUCAGCUCAAAACAUGUUCAGCCAAGAGCAUUAUCCCUGGGAUAUAAAUCUAUCAUUAAGAGAUAAAAUAAAGCACAUUUGUAAGCUGCUGCUAUAUAGGGUAGUUUAUUGAUAUAUGAAUGACUUUUUGUUAUUAUAUGAAAUAAUUUCGAUAAUAAAUAAUAUCUUUUUGUGAUA